UUUCGCCAAAAAUUUUGCCACAAAUUGAUAAGACCAGACAUUUUUAUCUAUACUCAUUGUGGUAGUUGGAGAAAAAAACAUUAAAAAUUGAUAUCAUAGCUAUUACUGAUCGGCUUAGCACCCUGCUGGAGAUGGCGCUGCAGAUUGCACAUAACAAUCGUGGCAAUCCGCACGCGCUGCAUCCUCCACCAGCCGCCGAGCUUGUAGAGGUCUUUGUGCUAUUUGUCAACACAACAAAUCGCACUGUUGAUCUCUAUUGGGUGUGCGACCGCGAUACGGAGAACAUGUAUCUCAGCCUGAAGCCGUUCGAGGAGGUGCGCGUCAACACGUACAACACGCACACUUGGCUCUUCCGCGACUACUACACAGGCGAGCGGAUGCACGUCAAGUCCAGGCGCAUAUUUGUGCCCGUUCCCAUGCGCGUUCCAAAGAACCCUCAACAUCCCGAGGAGCUGUGCGAUGUACGCAGCCAGGUGAACAUCCAUUUCCCGAUGCGCAAACUCAAGGACACCUGUCUUUGGCUGCUUGCGCGCUAUCUAAAUCGCACGAGCAAUUCACCUCGAAGGCUGGUCAGCAACUAUAUGAUACCUUCGACGCUGAAGCAACAGUUGUUCGUUAUUCUGACCACCAUGGAGUCCUACUCGAGGACGGCUCGCAUCAGACGGCGUCGCGUCCGAGAGAUGAUAAAUAAUAUUUAAAGUGGCAUAAGGGAAGAAAGCCAAGCUUGAUUUCCAAAUAGUUUUAAUAAUAACUUUAAUUGAUUUUCAAUUGUAUCAUCUUUCCUUUGAUUUGUUUGUUUGUUACUUAUGUACAAAUUGGCUUGCAUAGAGCGUUUUAUAGGUUGGUUUUCUACGAUUGCAUUGAUUUUUGUAUUUUUUAACAGAUUACUUAUAAUUAAAUAUAUAAUAUAUGUUCUAUGUAUAUAUGUAUUUAUAUAUAUAUAUAUAUAUAUAAACCUAGUGUAAAACAAAUGUGAAUAUUACAUACAUAUAUGCGCAAUUCUCUAGAUCUAAAUGUUUUCAGAUGCGAUGCCAGAUAAUGUAAAUGGUAUGUCUGCGGAUUAUCUACUUGUGUGUUGUGUCGCAAACUUAAUCUCUUUUAAGUCUGAAUCUGAAGUAUAUAAUAAUUCCUAAACAGAGCAAACAAAUAGCACCCUGGUGCAUUUAAAUAAAAUAAAUGUUUAAACAGAUUCCUUCUUAAAUGGUUAGUCCACAGGACAAAGUAAUUUAAAAUACAUUGCAAAAUACAUACAAAUGGUUAAUCGAACAAACUA